UGCGACAGCGUCCAUUUUUUCGGUAGCGUUCGUUUUUUCGGUAGCGUUCAUUUUUUUGGUAGCGUCCAUUUUUCAAUUAGACCAAUAAUUUCUUGUUUAAGUGCCGUUGUACGUUUUCGCUAGUUACUGUUGUGUUUUAACAGAUUAUAACGAAAACAGUAAGAAAUCUUAUGAUGAGCGAUCGUGGAUCAGGGCAUCACAAAGAAGAGCUGUACAGAUUGGCAAAUCGUCGAGAGAAGUCGAAAGAAGCAUUGAACAGAAAGUGCAUUUGACCAGAAGACUGCACUAACAUUCGCUCUAAAUCAAGAUUGCUGAAAGGCCACGUGAGAUAAGGGAACAGCAUCUUCAUAAAAUGCUGAUAUUUCAUCUGGUACAUAAUUAAUAUCGUGCAGCAUUGGACGUAUAUACAGAGCGUCCCAAAUAAUGUCACCGCGUGAGGAAAGUGAGAUUUAAACAACUUUUUAUGGAAAUUACAGAUACGCAAAUUCCAUACAGAUAUGGAAAUUACAGCGGAUAUUACAGAUGAAAUAAAAAGUUAACAAUGCUGGCUAUAGCAUUUCGUUCCAAUUUAGCUGCUAUCCAUUUAGCUGCUAUCAUAUGAAUGACGGUGUAAUAAACUUUUAACAAUUGGAAAUGGUCAAAUCUUGAUCAAGUGUAUUAAAACGAAAUGACUGUAAUUUGAAUUUAUGCUUCAUAUAUGCUUCAUCAUGGUUGCUGGGCAGUUCACAGCUGAAAAACGUCGCCUCGUGGUGCUGGAAUCCUAUGAUAAGAAUUAAGUCCACGGCGGGUCGCCGAACGUUGACGAAACAGAUUUCCGACCGUCGUCUACCAGAACCGUUUUUGCAAAACAUUUUUGCUAAAUUCUUUACACCAGCUAUUAGCUUAAAUCGGAAUGCAGGACUUUCUGUAUGAGAGCAAGCAUCGUAAAAAUAUCAACAAAGUGCAACAAUCCUUUCAACAAAAUCCAAGAGUCAGCGCUGGUGUAAUCCAACAAAAAUCCUACGUGAUCCAGCAUAACGUGUAGCAUUUUGCACAUGGCUCAGUUGUGCAAGGAGAUGCUCACUUCUGGCCUAAUCUUGUCAUCGGCGAUGAAGCAUCAAUAAAGCCUGAUUCUCAUAUGUCACCGACGGUCGGCGAUGUAUUGUUUGUGGUCAUUGAUGAAGAGAAUUUUACAAAAUAACAAAGAUUCAAUAUGAGAAUCAGGCUUAACGAAUGAACGUGUGUUAUCACAACAUCGCGUGGAAAUCCGAAUCAACUGAUGGUAAAAGAAUUGAAUACCACUGAUGAAUGAUCAGAUGUGAACAGUGAGAGAUGCCAGAAUGGAUAAUGUUUAUCCAAGUUUCAAGGCAACCCCCUGGCUCUGAUAAUCUUCACGUUCAACUUCCAAUCGAUGGGAUCAUAAUCCAUGGAAACCAGUAAAUCACCAACAUAAGAGCGAUCUUUCUCCUGGCAAUAAGUCCAGACAGUUCUUUGUGACGUCAUAACUGGACCGUUUCAAGAGCCGUUAACAGAAGCGUAACAUGGUUGCUGGCCGAGUGAGCGACGUGAUCUUCUCAAGCGUAAAAUCAUUCUGCAGAAUAUAAUGAAAAUUUUUGGAUAAUUUCUCAAGAUCCUACGUAUGGAAGACGUUUAUGAGAAAGGGUACUCAAGUAUUUUUGAAAAAGUUGUGACAUUAGUUUCCGGCUAAAGAAUGCAAGACUCGGAGCAACCUGAAUCAUUUCUCCGUCGUCUUCUUUGGAAGAACUCGGGUAUCCUGUGCUUGGCUACUUUGAUCACGUUACCCAUCAUCCUUGGCGUCGCCUUGGGUUACGUCAUCGUUCUGGCAUUCGUGACAUCGUAUCGAAAAAUUACGGGUAAAAAAUCUCGCGAAGAAAAAGAGAAUGAGGCGGCGAAAAAAAUCCGGAUUGUUUUGGGUCAGGAUUUGCUUGAUACUGCUUUUACAAAACCUGAAGAAUUGCCAGGACAAAGGCCGAAGUUUAUACGACCACCUCCGAGAUAUGGCUCGGUAAACGACGACGUUCUUUCAAGCGAUGAAAGCGAGUCUGAGAGUGAAACGGAGGGUGAAUCCGUUGAGGAAAUGGAUGAAAGACUUGCAAUGGAAAAUAGAAGUGAAAAGGAAGAUUUACACGAGAAAAUGGAAACAUGUGUCGAGGUUGGAGAGAGUGAAAAUCUUCGUCCCCAGGCCGCUCCUGAGCGGCACAGUGCUAAUGACGUCACAGGUGAUGGCGUCAUUGGUGGUUCGAGAACAACAAGUGCUUCAUCCGGAAAUUAUUCCACGGCAAGUGAAAUGACAGGAAGGGAUUCUAGGGAGACUAACACCUCGGCAUUAGAUACCCGGAAUAUUGAUACCGCGGAAGAAACUUAUCAGGAUUAUGUAGCUUCGUCAGGCAAUGCCCCGGGGCAAAAUAGCAGUGGACAUGACGCUUUAAGCAAGACUGUUCCGGAUGUUGCGAGUCCCACAAUUUCAGACAGAGAAUAUUCUGAAGGAAUUACGGCAGCGGUACAUCCUGUGAAUCCAGUCAGCGGUCUUAACCAAACCUCGCCUGCGAUUAACUCCAAUAUUCUGGACAGCGGUUCUGAAAAUGAAAAACGAACACCUGCAGUGCAUUCUGUCGUCAUGGACAGCGGUAUUAAGAAUAUCUCCUCUAUAAAAAACGACAGUAAAGCUUCCAGUCAUAAAAUUGAAAUUCCCCCAGUCUUAGGAAAACUGAAAUAUUCUGUGCAUUACAUUCGAGAAAAAAAUGAACUUCAAGUAACAAUCACAAAAGCAAUCAACUUAUUUUCUGCGGAUAAUGAGACACCUCCAAGUAGCUUUGUUAAAGUGAGUCUGCUACCACAACGCUUUUGUUGGCAAAAGACAAAAAUCGUUGAAAGGACAGCGCACCCUGUCUUCAAUGAAACUUUUGUGAUUUCCGGGUUUUCUUACGAACGUUUUUCGAACUACACGCUUUUGAUUUCUGUUGUGAAUGCGGCGACCUCCUGGCAAGGAUUUUACGGUGAUCACGUCAUUGGUGAGGUUUAUGUGCCGUUAUAUCACGUGGCUAAAUACUCGUCCAAUCAGGACAAGGUAUUUAGUCAAUGGGCGGAUUUGAAAUCAAAGAUCACAGAGAUGCGAAAUGUUACUAAAUGUGGAAGAAUCAAUCUGGCAUUAUGUUAUCGACCAAUCAGCGGGCGUCUUAUUGUCACAAUUAAAAAGGCGAAAGAACUGGAAUGUGAAGGUCGAGAGAAAUUUGACUCCUAUGUUAAACUGGCGUUGUAUUGUGGAGGGUCACGCGUGGAUCGUGGAAGCACUCGUGUUAAACGCAAAGUCAGCAGUCCGGUUUUCAACGAAAAAUUUAACUUUGAUCUGAACGCAGAUCAGAUAGCUUACACAACGAUUGUGUUGAAGGUGAUGAACAGUAUUGACAGUAAUAAAUCAAGUUGUAUCGGAGCAACGGUUAUUGGUUAUGAAUCAUCAGAAAACGGUCAGGAACAUUGGAUGUGCAUGAUGAAAUGUCUCAGCAAGCAUGUGGAAGCGUGGCACAACCUUUAUACUUGAUGGUCCAACUUGGAUUUAAAUCAUAUCGAAUCCUAACGUGCUCUUAUCUGACCCCUUAUAUCCAUUUUCAACUCUCAAUGAACAUCGCUAUGAUUCGGUUUUGCUGUUCAGGUACACAGGUGCUUCACAACCAUCUACUGGUACCCUUGUCAUGUAUUUAAACAGGUUGCAGCUUGCAAAGCAAAUUGCUGCUUGUAAGAAUCAUCUUCCCAUAUCACGGGGUGUAUCAAGGUUUGUCUCGGUAUGAAUCAUCGAAUAUCGGAAAACGUCAAAUAUUGGUGUCAUGAACUCUUGAGAAGUCGAGGAUAUCAAAAAGGGCGUGUUUUCAACGCAGCUAUUCAAGAACGAACUAGGAAAUUACAAGACACGCGCCAAGUAUUCUUGCUCGAUCUGUUGAAGGAAAUGAGUUGUUAUCUUAUUGUUUAACAAACUAAUUCAAUAUAAUCCGCACUUUCGAUUUGCAAAGAUUAGGAAAUAAAGUGUUAUUCAUUACAGAUUAAAUUUCCUUUUCUCAGAUUCAAACUGUGUUUGCGGUGUCAACCUGACCUUGGUCAUUGAAAAAGCGUGAUUUUCGCAGCCGGGCUAAGAACUUGGCAACAAUAACUCUGAGUUUCUAGCAGCUCUGCUUGUUUCAAAAAACGACAGAAUGUCGAUGAUUAAUAGCGUGAUAGCGCUGGAUUAAGAUGAAAACUAUAUGCGUUAUAUGUUCAUUCUUGAAAAUGUACAAAAUUUAUAAAUAUAAUUGUGAUUUUACUACAAAUACCGCGCGUCCUGGUGACAGAUUGGUUGAAAUUCCCGCAAAUCAGCGCACGUAUAGUCUCUACUAAAGCAGACGAGUUUAUUGAAGAUCCACAAAAAACAUGAUACUGACUUUGUAUUAAUGAAAACAUUAAUAUGUACUUUACAAUAUAUGAAUAUUUGUACGAAGGUUGUAAUGUUCGUUAUCUUUCACUAAUGAAGAGCUAGAAAUUGACUUCAUUUUGACGAGGGUUUGUCCAAAUAAUUGCAGUUGAUAAAGUUGAUUUGCAGUUCAAAGAUAAGGGUGACAAAGAAAUAUUUGUGAAAGGAGUCGACAUUCCUGGCGGAAACAACUUUGUUACCAACACGGAACCGCAAACUUCCCUUUGCACAGCGUGUUUACUAAACUCAAGGGUCGUUUCUAUUUUUAUUUCUAAACACAAACAAAUUAAUGAUAAGUUUAUUCUACAGGACAUGUUUUUGCUUUGCCGCAUUGCCUUUUGACCUCGUAAGGCAUUGUAGGACAGCGAGAUGAAAGAACCGCCUGGUAAACUUAUUUGAACACUGCCUGUAUGAGUUGGGGCCUGUAACGUGGUUAUCACGUCAUUUCAGCCCAUGACCUUGGUUCGAAUUCAGUCGAAUGAACAAGAAUAAAGGAUAGACUUUGAAGAAGGUUUUUUACAACAUCAGAUCACUUUAAGGUAGCUCUCAUUCAAAAACAUGUACCACCUCUGCAUGAUCGAAUCAUUCUUAUGAACCACACUGAAAACGUACGUACUGCCACAGUGGAGAUAGCAAAUAUUCAUUCAAUCUAAAAAUGGACGAAACUGAUAAACAGUUCUGGAUAGUUCUUGUGACUUAGCUGAAGGCGAUAAUUUCCUCGAACUUCAACGAGUGUUGAUAAAGCGUCAUCUCGGAAGAUGUCGGAACCGCUCGAAAACGGAAAUAUUAGAGGAGUUUUUCCUGACGCCACAAACACAAUAACUAUUAUCACGGAGUUGGGUAGAUAAAGCAGAGAGCCAUUGAAGAACUGAUAAUUCAAUGAACGAGCAUCUAAAGUUAGGUUGAUAUUUACAAGAGUCUAGGGAAGAAACGCGCCGUUUGAAGGACAAACGAAAAGUAGACAAGUAUAACAAGUUGCUGCUUGAAAGACUUGGGAAAGUUUUGAAUUGCGCUUGUGUGACGAAAUUUAUUUGGACUCUUUCAAAAGCACCAAGCUUUGUCAAUAGCAUCAGACAUAUCUUCGACAUUUGGUUACAAUACCACGGCGUUGAACUGAGCAAUCGUCGAGUUGAGGUGAAGUUCAAGGAGAUCGAUAGUUACCUUUACCAUGUCUUAUUUGAGUAACACCGUGAUGGAUAGCAAACAAACAACGUCCUCAUCAAAACCACCUCUAUCCUACAUUGCCCUUAUUACCCUCGCUAUCAAGAACAGCCCCUUGCAAAU